AUGCCGAAGCCUCUGCUACGACACCCAUCCAACCCUGUCCCAGACCAAUGCCCCCGCGCUCCUCUUCCCGACUCCAUACACGAGCUCGCAUCGCGCGUCUUCGGUUCCGGAAAGUCCGGGAACAGGAAAUUUCUAACCGCGCACAAGGGCACAAAGAAUGCUGCGCGGAAAGGCCAGGAUGAGGGGGGGACGGCGGGGCAGCGGUUCGUGGCGACGGCGGGGUUCGUGUCGAUCGAGGCGGCGUCCGUGAUGCAGCAGGCGCUGCGGCUGUGGUCCAUGAUGAGUCCCGUAGAGAUCGAACGGCUCAUGACCAGCCUCCAGGUGGGGCCUCGGAUGAUUAGCCUAAGACACGGCCCUCAUUCUCUUCGUCUACCACGAUCCCGUGCACCUCUGGACGCUCGCUGGUACGUGCCGUGCACCUGGUAUGUGCGGGCUAGGCGGGCUGUUGCGGGUAUGAUUGCGUCUGAUGCGAGUGUGAUUGUUUCCGAUGCGGAUAUGAUUGCGUUCCAUGCGGUGCAGUGGAGAGUCUGGAGAAAGCUGGCGGAGCGAGUGGCGGCGAUGGGCAUGAAGCCUGGAGCUGAUGGAGAGUCUGGAGAAGCUGGCGGAGCGCAUGGCGGCGAUGGGCAUGAAGUGCGAGGAGACGCGGCUGCACGUAGGUUAGAGCUGAUGGAGAGUCUGGAGAAGCUGGCGGAGCGGGUGGCGGCGAUGGGCAUGAAGUGCGAGGAGACGCGGCUGCACGGGCUGGCGUUCUAUUUCAACGAGCUCCGCCACCCCGCCACCCAGUUCCCCGCCUUCCGCCUGCAGCCGGGGGAACAGGAGAGCCUCAUGUGCUACAUGCGGGAGCAGGUGGAGCGAGUGGAGGAGCUGCGGCAGUGCAUGGAGCGGAUCAACACUGUGCGCUCCAGCAUCAAGAAGAUGCAGGGGCUGGUGUCGCAGUCGUCUGCCUCCUCCAACCUGCUGGCGGAGCUCGAAUCCGUUUCUGAGGACUACGAGCUCGACGACAACGACCCCCCACAACCCAGCAGUAGCAGCAAGGCCAGCAGCAACACAAGAAGCAGCGGCAGCAGCAGCAGCAGCGGCGGCAGUGGCAACAGCUCGCUGCUGCGGGAGAUGAGUGACUCGUUUGAUGAUGCGGUGCUGGGGCAGCUGGGCAUGGCCAGGACCAACCUGCCCUGCGACAUCCCCGGAGGGGAGGAGAUCUUCCGACUGUCUACUCAAACCCCUCCACCUCCUCCCUACCCCCUUUUCCUCCCACCCUUCCCCACCUUCGCCUUCCUCUCCUCCCGUUCCACUCCUCCCCGCCAUCGCUCGCUCUCUUUAAUCUUGCAGAUGACUCGGCUCACAGAGCUGCAGGCGAGGACGCUCUGGGCAGUGGAGCUGGACCACGUUGUCAGGAUCCUCGUGUUAACCAUCUUCAUGAUCCGGGACCGUGUGCUCUCCGUGUUUGGCAUCGAUGCCCACUCCGAGGAGAGCGUGUCGGAGAACGAGACGCUGGGGUCGGCAGGCCUGGCGCUGCGCUAUGCGCGCAUCAUCCUGCUCGCGGAGAAGCUCAUGAAGUACCCCUUCAUGGCCGCUGGCGGCACCAGAUUGAAACCCCCCCCGCCCUCUGCCCCCACUCCCCUCUCUCACUGCCUCCCGUCUCGUCUCCCCUUCCCUCCCUCCAGGGACGAGCUGGACGAGCUGUUUGGCAUGCUGACGAACGACACGCGCACCAUCCUAGCAGGCCACCUUCUGAGUAGAGAGAAUAUACCCUCCCUUCCCUCUACCCCUCUCACUGCCUCCCUACUCCCUGUCCCCCUUGCCCCCCACCAGGGACGAGUUGUUUGGCAUGCUGACCAACGACAUGCGCACCAUCCUAGCCGGCCGCCUGGUCCUCCCAACCCCUCUCCCUGCCUCAAACUCCACCCGCCCCCUCGCUACCCACACAGGGACGAGCUGGACGAGCUGUUUGGCAUGCUGACGAACGAUAUGCGCACCAUCCUAGCAGGCCGCCUGGUCCCAGUCAUGAAGGAGGAGCAGCAGAAGCGCGAGCAGGAGGAGGAGGCUCGGCGCCGAGCCGGCCUCCCCCGAGCCGCCUCCUCAGACUCGGACGAAGAUGAGGACGGAUUCGUGUGGCUCGGGAACAAGGGGGGAGCAGCGGGAGGAGGGGGCGCAGCAGGGAAGGGCGGAGGGCAGGCAGGGAAGGGAGGGAAGGACGGAGAAGACGAGGAGGAGGCGGAAGCACCGUGGGAGCGGAAGCUCAAGUGGGGAAUGGAGUUUCUACCCACACUCGCUCGCAACACCAUCACCUUUUCGGAGCUCAAUUCCAUCCGGAAAACGUCUGUCACAUCAAGCAACCACGUGCUGAGAGUUCAAACGCUCUUCCACGCGCAAAAGGACGCCGUCAGUGCCACCCUAAUCGACUCCUUAGAAGGCCUCUCGCUCCUCGUCGCAUCUGAUCCGUCCAAUACCACGCAGAUCCGGUCGAAGAAAGCCGCUGCGCUGGCGGCUGCAAGGGCAGAGAAAGCGCAGGCGAAGUCGGGCGAACCGCGGCAAGUGCUUGUAACGGGGAUAUUUAAAGCGAAGCGGACGACGAGUUGCAGCCCCACGGACGGGAUUGGCAGCUCGCCUCUGCUGCUCUCCCAGUCGUCUCUGUCCUCCUCCCUCCUCUCCUCUUCCUCCUCCUCUGUUGCCCCCUCUGCAUCUCCAUUUAGGUCAUCUUCUGCCUCUGCUGCUGUCCUGGCUGCUGCUAUGGGUGGGGAUGGGAGGGACUCAGCUGCUGCUGCUCUCCGGGCUAUACGGGGGGGAGGGGGAGGAGGCGGAGGGGGAGGAGGCGGAGGGGGAGGAGGGGGGAAAGGAGGGGGCGUUGUGAAACUGCCGUUUGUUAAGGGAGGCAAGCAGGCGGGCGCUAAGGGUGCUGCUGCAGCGCCUGCUGUAAAAGCUGCUGGUGGUGCGGCUGGCAUGGGGAAGGUUCCAGGAAAAGUGAAGCCACUGUGGGAAGAGGAUACAGACGAGCAAGACCUUGUGAGAUCGGUGCUGUCGACGUGCCAGGAGGAGAGAGGUGCGGGCGAGAAGGGAGCGGCGGGGAGAAGAGAGCAGGUGUGGGCGAGAGAGACAGGAGGCAGGAUGAUGCUGCGUGGGGGGUCGGAGAAAGAGCGGAAAGGAAAACCGGUGAAGCCCUUAUGGGAAGAGGAUACAGACGAUGAGGAUUUAGUCAGGUCUGUGACUCUACCUGCGAGGAAGGACGGGGUUGGGAGCAAGGGAGGGCAGGAGGGGGCCGGGGAGGACGGAGGGAAGAAGAAAAUGCUCUGGGAGGAAGAUUCCGACGAUGAGUCGCUGGUUCGCGCGGUAACCGCAUCUGCUACCACCGUCGCUGCAGCUGUUACAGCUGCUGGCGUGGGCCGAGGGACUGGGGGGCCUGCACGUGCUAGAGGUGCAGGUGUGGGCGGUAGAGGUUCUAGUGUGGGGGGUAGAGGGGUUGGAGGGGGAGGGAGAGGGGCAGGUGGAGGGCAGAAGAAGGUGCAGCCUCUGUGGGAGGAAGAUUCUGAUGAUGAGAGUCUGGUUCGUGCUGUCACUGCUGCUUCUGCUGCCCCUGCUGGUGGCGGUGCUGUGGGCAAUGCUGCUGCGGGGCCCAAUGUUGGCGGCUCGCGCUCGUCGGUGCAACCGGUGACGCCGCGAGGAGCUCGCAUGCAGCGAUUGGACGCGGCGAAAUGGGCAGAUGAGCGAGGAGGGCGGGAAGGGCGAGAGGGGCGAGAGGGGGGGGAGCGGGGAGAUGGGCGGGACGGAAGAGAGGGACGAGAUGGGGGGGACAGGCGAGACGUUCGCAUGCAGCGGCUGGAUGCAGCGAAAUGGGCGGACGGGCGAGAGGGGGGCGGUGGGGCCGGUGGGCGGGAGAGGAGGGACGGGCCUGACGGGCAGGAAAGGCGAGACGCUCGCAUGCAGCGAUUGGACGCGGCGAAAUGGGCAGACGGACGAGACGGAAGAGAUGGGAGAGAUGGGAGAGAUAGGCAAGAGGGGAAAGCAAGUGGAAGAGGGGGAGGGGGAGGGGGAGGGGGAGGGGGAGGGGGAGGGGGAGGGGGAGGAGCAACGGGAGGGAUAGGAGGAGCAAAGCCUCGGCCGUUGUGGGAGGAGAAUGCGGAGGACGAGGACAUGGUGAGGGCCGUUGCUGUGCCCACCCCCCCCCGCUCUGCCACCCCCCCUCCCCGCUCUGCCACCCCCCCUCCCCGCUCUGCCACCCCCCCCUCCCCGCUCUGCCACCCCCCCUCCUAUGGAGAUGAGGAGGAGUACGCCGAGGAGGAAGAAGAGGAAGAGGAAGAGCCGGUGGUCCCUGUGAGAGCCAUGGCCCGCGCAGCCACCGCACCCACAUCUCGCCUUGAUAAAAUAUCCAAGUCAGCGGGUGCUGAUGCUGGGGGGAAGAAGAAGAGCGGGAAGAAAGCUGCUCUACAUCGGGUGGCGUCUGAAUCUACCACUUCUGACCUCUAUGCACCCAGCCAAAAUGCACGGGGAGCAGGGGGACUUGCUCCUGGUCUGUAUCAGGGGCCUCAGAAGUCGCCUGGUGUGGGGCGGCAGCAGCGGCAGAUGCAUGUGCAUUGGGACGAGAGCGUGGGCGCUGGUCGAGGGGAGCGAGGAGAGAGAGGGGAGAGAUGGGAGGGAGAAGCGGAGGAGGGGCAGUGGCUGGGUGCGGGUUCCGCGUCGGAAUCGGCUGCUUCGGGAAAGGAAGGGAAGAAGGGGAAAGGUGCGAAGAAAGGGACCCAGCAGGGGAAUGCAGAUGGGGAGAAGGGUGAGAGGGCAGCAGGAGAGGGAGGAACAGGAAAGAAGAAGCAAACCGGGGAAGCAAAGAAGGCUGGGAAGAAGGUUUCAAAGAAGGGUGUAGCGCAGCAGGGGGGUGGGGGAGCGGAGGAGGAGGAGGAUGGGCUAGGAAGGACCGUGAGUGCAGCUUCUUCCGCCUCCCGCUCUUCCUCUGGUACAUCAUCCUCGUCUGCUAAGGUUGAGAGGCGGAAAUCGGGGGAGAUGGAGGGCGGGAAGAAGAGUGGGAAGAAGGCAGGGCAGACCCCCCAGCCUCAGGUGGCAGUGUGGGAAGGGGACGAGGAGGAGGAGGGGUUGGCAAGCCACUAUGCAGGCCCGCAAGAAAGGUACGAGGAAGAGGAGGAGGAGGAGGAGGAGGAAGAAGAGGAGGAGGAGGAGGAUGAGGAGGAAGAAGAGUAUGAAGAGGAGGUGGAGAGUGAGAGGUACAGAGGGCGGAUGGAGGAAGGGAGUAUAGAUUUCGAUGCCUCUCACCAGGAACUCGCGUUUGGGGCGGGGCAAGGAAGGCAGGAGCAGAGAGGGGUGGUGGGGGGAGGCAGUUUGGACUUUGAUGCUCCCCAACACGAGCUGCCCUCUCCCUCUCAAAUGCCAUCCGGAGGGCUGUUUGCUGCACGGCAGCAACAGUGGCAGCAGCAGCAGCAGCAGCAGCAGCAGAAGCAGAAGCAACAGCAGCAGGCAGCAGUGCCGGCAUCACGAAAUCAGUACUACGAUGAUGAUGAGGAUGAAUACGCAGGUAACGCACACAAUCAGUAUGGUGGCCCUGCUGAUAGCAGGGACGGCGGCAGGGGCGGAUGGAACCAGGAAUAUGAAUACGAAGAGAAGGAGGAAGUUUUGAAGGGAGAGGAUGAGGAGUGGGACGAGGAGGCCGAAGAGGAACUGUACAACCAAGGAGCAGGCAGAGAAGCAACAGGAGCAGGUGGUGCCAUUACGUCUCUAUCUCCCUCCGCUGCUGCCUUCUACCUCGCUACAACCUCCUCCUUCGCCCACGAAGACCCAGUUGACUCCUCCCCCCCAGACACCUCCUCUGGCUUCCCCCCUCCAAAGCCAUCCCCCCGGCAAGCCCCUCGCUCACCCACCUCUGCUUACGCCGCACCUCCCUCUUCCUCUCUAACCGACGCUGCUCCUGCUGCUGCUGGUGCUGGAGCUGGGAAGAAAGAGCGGUCAAAGUCCCCUUUGGCUCGGCUGAAGCGCUCCCUCUCCCCUCUCUCUCGCAGGCAUGCCUCUCCUGGUAAAUCAGGAUCAGCAGGUAAUAGCACUGCUGCAGCUGCAGCUGCUGCAGUGGCUGCUGCCGGUGGUAGCAGCAUGGGUUCUUUCUCGGAGCUGCAAUCUCAACCGAGCCUGUCGUCAGGCUCGAUCAGCAGCUCGCCGAGCCAGUCCAUGGAUCGGCAGUCCCCGAGCCUGAUGAUGCUGGAUCGGGUCUCCCCAACCAACUCAAUGGAGAGGCGGAACCCGCAGGAGCGGGGUGGGCUGGAUCGGGACCGAGGGUCAAUGGAACGAACCUCCAUGGAUAGACGAUUGUUCGACCGCCACUCGUCCUCUCCUUCCCAUGACCGGAUCUGGGGUCAACAACAGCAGCAGCAGGCGGAGGGGUCUGCUUCACCUGACCUUUCUGCUUCUCCUGACGUUCAUGCCGAUGGUAGGUCUAUUGGAAGGGAGGGUGGCUCGAGCUUCCGAUCCUCCCUUGCUGCUGUGCUGAUGUCGCCUCCGAUCCUGCGCGGCAGCGCCGGGGGCAGCGCCUUCCCAACCUCCAGCUCAGCCUCGGAAGCGUCGCCCCGGCACCAGCACAAGGGCGGGAAAGUCCUCCCGAACCUGCUCCGGCUGAACCUGAAAAAGGACAAGGGAGAGGGGCGGGAUAGCCAACCGGGCACCCCACCCUCCCCACUGCUAGAGCAUGUUCUGAAAGGCUAUCCGAUGAGUAACUUUGAUGGAAUCCCACGGGGUUUGUCGGAGGAUUCAUCUGUUCAAAGGUAUGUGAGGGGCGGGGAGGGGAGUGAAGGCAGCAGCAGCGGGCGGAUGAGUGGGGAGGAUACGAGAGAGUGGGAGGAGGGCAGGAGGGGAUUCGAUGCGAGGGGGAGUAACAGGGAAAGGGUAGAAUUUUCAGGGGAGGCUAUUCGCAAAACGGGCUCGUAUGAGAGGGGGGGGGCAAGGAGUGAGGAAUCAGGGGUGGGUGCCAGGGCCGCAUUUUGCGGUGCGAAGAAGAUUAAGUCCGCUUCGUCGAGUCUGGUAGGGCAGCCGCUUUCAGUGGCUGUUUCCCGCACUCGCAGCGGCCACAGACGAGGCGGUGCGUUGGCGACAACGUGCUCGUCGCAGAGCGUUUCGGAGAAGUUCGCAGAGCUUCGCGCGAAGAAUGAAGUGGCGCUUAUCCCCUUUAUAGUCGCGGGGGACCCCGAUCUGGGCACCACGGAGCGCGCGUUGAAGCUGCUGUGCGAAACGGGCGCUGACGUCAUCGAGCUGGGCGUGCCCUACUCGGACCCGCUUGCUGACGGACCCGUUAUCCAGGCAUCUGCCACCCGAGCCCUGGCAAGCCACACGGAUCUGCAGUCAGUGAUCGACCUUCUCAAACGGGUCACCCCCUCCCUGAGCGCGCCGAUAGUCCUCUUCACGUACUACAACCCCAUCAUGAAGCGCGGAGUCGACAAGUUCAUGGGGGAGAUUAAAGCCGCCGGUGCGGCCGGCAUUGUGGUGCCGGACGUGCCUCUGGAGGAGACCAAGGUGCUGCGGGAGGUUGCCACUGCAAACGGGCUCGAACUGGUGCUGCUAACGACGCCCACCACCCCCACCGAGAGAAUGGGAGCCAUUGCUGACGUCACCCAGGGCUUCCUUUACCUUGUGAGUCUAACGGGAGUGACAGGCGAGCGGGCGGCAGUGCAGGGGCGGGUGGAGCAGCUACUAAAAGACAUCAAGGCCACCACAGACAAGCCUGUCGCCGUUGGAUUCGGCAUCUCUGCGCCUGAGCACGCUGAGCAGGUGGUGUCAUGGGGAGCAGAUGGAGUAAUCGUGGGGUCAGCGCUGGUGAAGCUGCUGGGGGGAAGCGAGACAGCAGAGGAGGGGCUGGCAAAGGUGGGCACUCUUAUGCGGUCGCUCAAAGCAGCAACGGCUCGCAACCUGCAGACAGCUUAA